AUGUGCCUCAUCCUGGAAUAUGCGCCGGACGCCGACCUUUACGUUGCGGACGUCACAAUCGACGGUGAAGCUGACCGUAACCUGAUCGCGAAGGUAAGAUACAAUCCAGUCAAAGAACGCGACUAUGCUUACAAUGCCCAGGCUAUAGUUUCUGCUGUUAAUCACGAGGUUGACAUCAUCUCGAUAUCGUUCGGGUUUCAGCAGAAGAGCGUUGGCGACGACCUUGAGCAAGCUAUUGACUACGCCAAAAGUAAAGGAAUUCAUAUUGUUGCGGCAGCGUCGAACAGCGGAGGAAAUGCGGGUCGAGCAUGGCCAGCCCGAUAUGAUGGCGUUUUCUGCAUUCAUUCCACUGACGCAAACGGAAACCCUUCCGGAUUCAAUCCCACCGCGCUUGAAGAAGUCAAUUUCGCGACCGUCGGUGAGGCUAUCGUAUCUAGCUGGCCAGAGCACCUGUCCGAACCACCUGGCAAUGAUAGUACAGAUGAUAGUGACACUCUGACCAAAGUCAAGUCCGGAACAUCAUUUGCAACCCCGAUCGCUGCAAGUAUCAUCGCCUUUGUGCUGCGCUAUGCGAGGACACAUCUAGAUCAAGAGCACGCACAGCAGCUAAGGCGACAUGCUGUCAUGGGCUCCGUUCUGAGGUGCAUGGCAGGACCUAAAAGAUUAGAGUUCUACUACCUGGCGCUGCACUCCAACCCCGCUCAGUUCUUUGGUAGAGAGAACCCGGAGGACACCCGCAGAGAUAUAAUCACGGCUAUCAGCCAGUCCGGAUAG